AGAAAAAAAGGCACUAAACAGCUUGCUUAUCUAUCUGGGUCUCAGCUGUCUGAUGCAGUUGGGAAUUGCAUUUGUAGCUGUAAGGUUUAUAAUUAUCACUGAAUUAAAAAAGGAAACUGCUUCAAGGGGCAGAGCUUGAGGUUUGCACAACACACCCUGGAAUAUAACAAACUGAAGCCAAUAGCGCUGAAAAAAAGGAGGAAUUAGAACCUAAAAAAUGGCUGGCCAUGAAGACAAGCAAGCAAGCAAGGAUAAGUAUGAAACCCCUUCUAUUUCUGAGCUCCAGUGCCUCUUGAUGGAGAACAGAAAAUCGACUGGACAUGUCAAUGAAGUCUGGCCAAAUAUAUAUAUAGGAGAUGCGUACGCUGCACGAGACAAACGCACAUUGCUUAAUCUUGGCAUCACCCAUAUUGUCAAUGCUGCUCAAGGAAUAUGCCAGGUUAACACUGGAGCCAAGUACUACCGUGACACGCAGAUGCAUUACCUUGGCGUAGAGGCAGAUGAUGAACCGGAGUUUGACCUGAGCCCAUUCUUUUAUCCGACUGCUAAGUUUAUAAGUGCAGGACUUGGUUCACUGCAAGGGAAAGUGUUUGUCAACUGUGCAAUGGGUGUCAGUCGCUCUGCAACUCUGGUGUUAGCCUACCUAAUGAUCUGCAAGAAUGUGACUCUGCUGGAUGCAAUCAAGGCAGUCUGCAAACACAGAGAUAUCUUUCCCAAUUCAGGAUUUUUGAGCCAGCUUAGACAACUAGACCUCACUCUAACACUAGAGAGAAGAAAGGAAAAGGAGCCACAAUAAUUCUGAUUGUAAAUGUAUCACUCUUUUAUUUAAAGUGGUUUGUACAAUUAAUGUUUUUAAACAGUAUAAAGCAUCUUAGAAAUAUAAAUAAACAUCAUGUUUUAACUGAAAUCGGAAUUCCCUUGAGUUGUACAAUAAACAAUAUUCCUCUUUCUUUAACUGGCACUGACAUUUCGCACUACAUAAUCCAAGUGCCUACCAUUUCUUAAAUUCCAUCUGGCAAACACAAAACAUGGAAAUGUUUAAACAAGCAGUUGGUUUCCCCGAGUGCAUAUUCCUGAAAUUAGACUUUGAUUUAAAUAACUUCUGUUAAAGUUUUGUGACUAUACCAUUCCUUUAAGGCCUACAAAAGUUAAAGUUUCUUCCAAGCAGAAACCAGAAUGAACUUCCUGUAUUUAUAAUGCCCAAACAAAGGUGGGAUAUUUGUUCAAUGUUUUACUGAUAUUUUAACACUGAAGAUUUACAAAUUUAUGUUUUGUAAGAGCAGUGUUAAACUGGGGUAUAAACAGCACAUCAGUGGUGAGAUUGUAUACUGUACCUUCAGAGGGUUUAGAUACUGUAACAGACUCACUCCCAAGACACAAUAGUGAGACGUGAAUGGUAAAUAAUAAAGAUAGAUUUGGGAAAAUAUUCAUUCAUGAGAAAAGGUUUGAUUGAGUUUCUGUGUGUUCAUUAACCAGAAAUGGUUAGUCCAUUACUCAGGGUUUGCGUUUUAAGGUUAUUACAUUCAGUUCCACCUAGAUGACUUGUCCGAGUGUGGGGUGAGCCCUGUUAGAAUGGCAUAAUUCUUACUAGAGUAUAGUAAAGUAGCUGUUAGGCCCCAAUACUGGACUUAAGAGGCAGUGUGGCCCAGUGGUUAAAGUCCAUGGCUUGUAACCAGAAGAUCACCGUUUCAAAUCCCACCUC